UUUACGAGCAUCGGACACCUUCAGCACAACAAAGCAUGUGUCGCUCCGCAACAUUGUUUCUCCUCUGAACGUGCGGAAUAUAGGAUUUUGUCGGAUUUUGUGCUGUUUGCUUUCCCAUCGAUGCUAAUCCAAGAGUAGUGGCUACCAUGACAACAGAGGCGAGCGCAGUGAGCGAGGCGGACAAAGAGGGCAAGCAGAAGGCCAGCAGCGCCGAGCCCGAACCCGAACCGGAGGACAAGCAGAAGCCAGAGGCGGCUGUGUCUGAGCCGGAGGGGGAGCAGUCGAGCAAGAAGGCCCAGGAGCAGGCCUCUGAGCCUGGGCCUGCUGACGUAGCUACCUCCCCUGAGGAGGAGCAGCUGAAGCCUCGUACCCGAACCUCUGCUGGCAAAGGCCUGUCUCGCCUCUUCUCCUCUUUCCUCAAACGCCGCUCACAGUGCUCCGAGGGAGAGGGGUUUGAGGCAGAGAAAGCCAAGGAGGAGAAGGCUGACAAAGAAGAAAAAGCUGACAAGGCAGAAGAGGAGAAGCAGGAAGAGGUGAAAAGUGAAGAAGAGCCGGCUAAACCAGAGGUAAAAGAAGUGAAAAAGGAGGAAGAGAAAGAACAAAAACAGGAGAAAGAAAAGGAGGAAGAAAAGGUUGAGAAGAGGGGCAGUAAAAAGAAAAAGAAAGACGCCAAGAAGAAAGGAGAGAAGAAGGAUGAGGAGAAAGUGAAAAGCGACGAGGAGAAAAAGGAAGAGGAGCAGGUGAAAAAAAAAGAGGAGCCAAAGGAGGAGGAGAAAGCACAGAAGACUGUAGAAAAGAAGGAGGAAAAAUUGGAGACAAAAGAAGAAGAAAAGGAGACUGCUGAAGUGAAAGACAAGGGGGCGGAAGCCGAAAAGAAAGAGGGUAAAGAGGAGGAAAAGGUUGACAAGAAGGUUGCAAAGAAAAAAGAAAAGGAGGACAAGGUGAAGAAGAAGGAGGAGGAAAAGGCAAAGAGGAAAGCAGAGGAAGAAGAAAGGGCCAAGAAGAGAGAAGAAGAGAAAGCAAAGAAGAAACAAGAAGAGAAGGCGAGAGAGGCCGAAAAACUAAAAAAGAAAGAAGAGGAGAAGAACAAGAAGAAGGAGGAGGAGAAAACAAAAGACGAGAAGGCAAAAAAGAAAGAAGAGGAGAAACCAAAAGAGGAGCCAAAAAAGAAAGAAGACGACAAGGCGAAAGAGGAGGUGAAGAAGGAGGAGGAAAAAGUGGACGAGAAGCAAAAGAAGGAAGAGGAGAAGGGGAAGAAAAAAGAGAAGGGGAAGAACAAAGGAAAGAAGGAGGAGAAGGAGGUGAAAGGGCCAAGUGAGGAGCAGGUGAAAGCACCGAUUGCAGCUCCAGAGCCUGAGCUUAAAACGGAGCCAGACACUGAGCAGGCUCCUGAUCAGCACUCAAUAAGCAGCGGAGAGACACAGCAGGCUCAAGAGGAACACAAGGGCGAAGCUGCGAUAACGAAGGAGCCCGAAGAAGUUGUGGAGGAGGUGAAGAAGGAGGACACAGAGAAAAAAGAGGAAGAACCAGCAGAACAAGAGAAGGAAGACAAAGGAGAGGAGAAGGCAAAGGAGGAGGUGAAGAAGGAGGCAAAGAAAGAGGCAAAGAAGGAGAAGCCUGUAAAAGAAAAGAAGACUGAAAAGAAGACAGAAGAGGCUAAAGGCUCCAAACGUCAGAAAACCAUGCAAUGCAAAGUCACCUUACUCGACGACACUCAGUUUGAGUGUGAGCUUGACAAACAUGCUAAAGCCCAAGAACUUCUUACAAAGGUGUUCGACCAUGUCAACCUGCUGGAGAGAGAUUACUUUGGCCUCGCUACCUGGGAAAGCCCAACCAACAAGACAUGGUUGGAAUCCACCAAAGAGAUCCGGAAACAGGUUUCAGGUGCUGUGUAUGAGUUUACAUUCAACGUGAAGUUCUACCCUCCUGAUCCAGCACAGCUCACUGAAGACCUCACCAGGUACUUCCUGUGCCUCCAGCUGAGGAAGGACAUUAUGCGUGGUGUUCUUCCCUGUUCCUUUGUCACACUGUCCCUGCUGGGCUCCUACACAGCCCAGUCAGAGCUGGGAGAGUAUGACCCAGAGCUUCAUGGACCAGAGUAUGUUAAGGAUCUGAGCCUGGCCCCGGGACAGAGCAAAGAGCUGGAGGAGAAGGUGAUGGAGCUGCAUCGCACAUACAGGUCAAUGAGUCCAGCCCAGGCCGACAUGUUGUUUCUGGAAAAUGCCAAGAAACUGGCCAUGUAUGGAGUUGACCUGCACCAAGCUAAGGAUCUUGACGGUGUUGACAUCACGCUGGGUGUUUGCUCUAGUGGUCUGAUGGUUUACAAGGACAAGUUGAGGAUCAACCGUUUCCCCUGGCCCAAAGUGCUCAAGAUCUCCUACAAACGCAGCAGCUUCUUUAUCAAAAUCAGGCCAUCAGAGCAAGAGCAGUAUGAAAGCACAAUUGGCUUCAAACUGCCCAACUACAAAGCCUCGAAGAAGCUGUGGAAAGUUUGCGUAGAACACCACACCUUCUUCAGAGUUCCAACAGUAGAGCCCCCCACAUCACGUCGCUUCCUCGUCUUGGGCUCCAAGUUCCGGUACAGCGGACGUACUCAGGCCCAGACCCGCCAGGCCAGCUCCUUGAUUGACCGCCCGGCCCCUCGCUUCACACGCUCUGCUAGCAAGAGGCUGUCCCGUAACCUAGAUGGAGCUGGAGAUGAAACUCUCCAGUACCCGCAGCAACUCUCAGCAUCAACCAGCUCUGAGGUUGAUGAUUUGUCGCUGCAGCUGACAUCUGACAAACCUCAGCAUUCUCCUGAAUUCCAAGCCAGAGGGGAGUCUGAGCAGACUUUCAUUGAGUCCAGGGAGGAAGGGCAGUCUGUUCACACAGUCACAGUAACCUCGCAGGACACUGAGGCUGGGCAGACUGGCUCUCAAACCACCACCACCCAGACAGUCAGUCAGCCGUGGCAGGAGCUGGCAUCUGAUGUGCAACAGCAGUUGAGAAAUGAGGAUGAGUGGUCUGGUCUGUUCCAUCGUCAAACUCCUUUUCCCUUUGUCCCAUCUUUUGAUUCUGUGAAACAGCCAGCUAAGCUCAGCUUGGCGAAAACAAGCUCUUUGGACCGGCUGUUGUUCCCAGCACUGACAGAGCAAGAUGACUGGUACCUUUACUUUGACCGAUUCUUCAGCCUAUCUUCAUUUGAGCGUGUUGACAAACCAUUCCCUCCCCAAACUCAGUUCCAGCUCCAGGAGGAGGAUGAGCAGGGCAUGCGUGUCGCAGAGCAGAACCUGACCAAUGUGGAGGUCAUUGAGAGGCUGCAGGAAACUGUGACCAUGGUAGACAAGCUGAAAGAGGCAGUUGUUUUGGAAAAGAGGCUGAAAGAAGUUAAGGAUUUAGAGGAAAGGCUCCAAGAAGUGGAUGAGAUGGCAGAAAGACUUCAGGAAGUAAUAGAAGUGGAGUUGGGUAAGGAAGAGGUAGAGAAGUUAAAAGAGGAAGAGAGAGAAUUGGAGCAGCAACAACAAAUACAAGCUGCACGUAUCACAGAAAACGUCUUGAGGAAAGCCGUGAGCACAGUCGAGACAAAAGAGGGUGAAGUAGAUGAAUUGGAAGAGCAGAUAAAGCAGGUGUUUUUGAAGGGCUUGUUGCCAGAGGAGGAAGAAUUCAAGGUGAAGCAGGAGAGUGAAAAAGAAGUGAGAGAAGAGAGUCCGUCAGAUGAUGGCUUGGGAGAAAAGCAAGGUCAGAUAGAAAAGGAAUGGAAAGUCGUGGUGAAGCAGGAGAGUGAAAAAGAAGUGAUAGAUGAGAGUCUAUUAGAUGAUAGCUUGGGAGAAAAGCUACGUCAGAUAGAAAAGGAAUGGAAAGUCGUGCUGAAGGAGAAGAGUGAAAAAGAAGUGACAGACGAGAGUCUUUCAGAUGAUAGCAUGAGAGAAAAGCUACGUCAGAUGGAAAAGGAAUGGACAGACAAGGUGACGGAGGAGUUGAAGUCAGGAUCUUCAGAUGUUGCCACUACCACUUCUGUUGUUACAUACCAGAAGGUGGAGCGUAGGACUAAGAAGAGGGUGACUAUUGUAGAAGAGAGAGGGCAGAAGCAGGAAGCUGUGGAAGAUGCGCAGGUACAGCGCAGUGUAAUGUCAGAGGAGAGGCUAGAAACAGUGGGGACAUGGCGUAAGACAGAAACACUGGGGGAGAUUACUGAGGGAGAAGUUACAGAGAGGCGUCAGGCUGAGGAUCAAUCUCAGGUGGCAGAUGAGGACAUCUGGUACAUAGUUUUUGACCGCCCUCCGUACAAAGCUGUUUUCACGCCACCAGUUACCAGGGUGGAACAUGCUCAGGUGGAUGAAGGCAAGUAUUUCUCCUCAGAGACUGAGAUUACAACACUUCAGGAGAAAAUUGAGAAUACAGUAGAAGAGACACAAACAAGAGAAGAGGAAGUAUGGCGUAUACCAGAGAUCCCACCACCACAGAUUCUCAUUGAAAGAGAUGACGACUGGUUUUUGUUAUGGGAUGCUGUUCCCAGAGAAACAUCAUAUGUACCACCAGUUACCUGGAAGGAAGGAGACCAGAUUGAUACAGAAGUAUAUGUCUCUGUGGCUCAAACUGCAACCGAGGAGGAGAUUAGAGAAGCAGUAGCUGAAGAGAGAAAGAUAAUAGAAGAGGCGCCAAGAUAUCUACAAGAAAUCCCACAACAGCCAGUGAUAAACAGAGAUGAUGUGUUGCUGGAUGUUGUUCCCAGAGAAGCUCCAUAUGUACCUCCAGCAGUUACCCUGAAGGAAAGUGACCAGAUGGAGGCAGAAAGUUUUGUCUCUGUGGCUCAAAUUGCAACCAAGGAAGAGAUUAGAGAGGUAGAAGUUGUACAGGAGAUACCAAGAUACCUACAAGAAAUCCCACAACAGCCAGUGAUAAACAGAGAUGAUGACUGGUUUGUGUUGCUGGAUGUUGUUCCCAGAGAAACUCCAUACGUACCACCAGUUGCUGCUGCAGAGCGUGUUGAAGUGUCCCCAGAAGAACGUGUCUCUGUAGUUGAAAUUACAACCAUUGAGCAGAGAGAAGAAAGAGUGAAGGUGGUGGUAGACACAAAAAUAGAUCAAGUGCUGGAUGUGAAGCAAGUAGUAGCACUGCCACCGGCUGUGAGAGAGAUAGAAGAUGACUGGUUUGUGCUGCUGGAUGUUCCCACUAGAGAACCAUCAUAUGUGCCACCAGUUACAAAGGCCGAGUAUGUUCAGGUUUAUCCUGAAGAAAGAAUUUCUACUGUGGCUGAAAUGAGAAUGGUAGACUCCAGGAAGGAGGUCGUAGUUGAGGAGAUGGUGGUGCAGACAGAGGAAAGAGCACAGCAGAAAAUAUCCCUGCCAGUCAUCGAAAGAGAUGACGACUGGUUUCUUUUGCUGGAUGUUGUUCCCAGAGGAACUGCCUACGUACCUCCAGUUCCUCCGGCAGUACCAAGCCAAAUUUAUCCAAGUGUUCAACCUCGAGUUGAAGUGAUAAGCAUAGAGCAGAAGCCGCAGCAGGUUGAUCUUGACCAGAUUAGACUGCAGCCUUCCCAGCCGCUGCCAGAGAGAGAUGAUGACUGGUUUGUGCGGUUUGAUGCCGUUCGUGAAGAGGCAGUCAUAGCACCAUCAGUUACUCCUGUUGAGAUUAUUCCGGAUAAGAGGAAGAUGUUUGAUCUUGAGGUGACAACCACAGAGACCACAACGUGGAAGAAGAUGAUAAUUGGUGUGGACAGCAGGCAAGAUGAGACACGUCUGUCUCAAAUUAGACCUUCACAAGUUGCACCGCCGUCCGAGAGAGAAGGAGGAGAUGAUUGGUUUGUCCAGUUUGACAUCAUCCGUGAAAAGCCUGUUGUCAUACCGCCAGUUGCUGUGGUUAGGCGUAUUGUGGAUGUGAUGCCAGCUACUAAACCAAAACCAGUCAUCAUAGAAGAUGUGAGGCCCUCUGUGAAGUUGGUGGAGAUUAAACCACCGCAGCCGAGACAGGUGGAUGAUGACUGGUUUGUGCUGCUAGAUGUUGCAGCAAAAGUUCCAGUGGCUGUGGAUCAGCGUAUCCGUACAUAUCCUGAAGUAAGACCAGCUAAAGAGUUUGCAGCUGUAGAGCAGAGAGUGCAGAAGAGAGUUACCAUAGUGGAGGAGAGGUGGCAGCAGGAGAAGGUGGUGCAGCAGGAGAAGGUGGUGCAGCAGAAGCCACAUCCAGCAGUGAGAGAGGUGGACGAUGAUUGGUUUAUUCUUCUGGAUGUGGCCGCUAAGAAAUCAGUCGCCGCCCCUCAACACGUCCAGUUCCCAGCAGCAGUGAAAGCUCCAACUGCUGUGGCCAAAACGAGGAUUGCUAUUUCUGAGCAGAGACCAUAUUUUGAGAAACGGAUCCUGGAGGAAAGACGUCCAGUCACACAAACGCAUGUCAACGCUGAUUGGUUUGUUCUACUAGAUGGUGGCCUCAAGGAGUCAGUGGUGAGCACACAGAGGGGCACCCGUCCUGUCAGUGCUCCGGUCUUCUCCCAGGCUGCUCUGGCCGAGGCAGGGAUCCCCAUGGCUCCUCUCGAUCAGCCCCAGACCUCCACUCCAAUCAAGACCAGCCGCCAAGAGGACAGAAAGCUGGAGGUUACCGUAGAAGCGGUGGAGCCUUCCAAAAUCGAGGCUGUGUCUGAGGUCAAGCCAGCAGUGUGGAGGGACCAGAGAGAAGUAGACUCUUCACUGAUAUCCACCAUCAAUGGGGACAUUCAGCACGAGUCUGAGGUGUCGAUCACGGAGGUGGUGCGAAUGCGAAAGAAAAGAGCUAAGAAAAUUGAGGGUGACUCAAUUUAUAUAAGACAUAGCCUUUUAAUGUUGGAGGAUUUCGAAAAGCCUCAGGAGGACCUGCUCAGGCAUCACGCCAACAUCAGCGAGCUGAAGAGGAACUUCAUGGAAGCCGCCCCGGAGAGCAGGCCCAGUGAGUGGGACAAGCGCCUCUCCACGCACUCUCCGUUCCGCACCCUGGGCAUCAAUGGUCAACCUCUGCCCAGUGCAGAUGGGAGUGUGUGCCUUAGUCUCCUUUGCAGUGGUGCAGAGACAAAGACUGCACACGAGGAAACCAGCAGCAAUUUGGGUUUUUCAGGCGUGCCAAGUCCCGCUGUGAGCCACAAGAGUGAGCCUGAUAGUGUUGAAGCCCCCGGUGCUCCACUUGAGGAAGAGUCAUGUGAUCAGGAAGAGGUUGUAGUUUUUGAGACCUCCUUGGUGCCCAUCGUAGAGGUGGAGAUGGCACAGCUGCCUCCCCCCUUCGACCCCUGCUGUAGAGCUUUAGAUGGGAUCCAGGAGGAAGAAGAAUCAUAUCCAGACGCGUCAGAGGGGUUUGGAAAGAUAGUUGGAUCUUCCCCAGCUUCUUAUUUCAGGAGCGAUGGUCCACAGGUCGUACGCUGCUUCCAGCCCCCUCUGGUGCAGACUCAGACAAUCACCAUCGCAGCUGUCUCCAACUCCUUACCCAGUGGCAUCACCACCACAGAGGUCCCUAUCGUCCCAACCAAGACCUUCAUCUAUGAGUCUUCAAAGGUGGCAGUUGAUGGGACAGACGAGGACAAAGAUAACACAACUGUGUCCAGCUCCAAGACUGUUAGCUCAGAGACCACCAGUGGCACCACAGUCACCACCACUACCACUCACAUCUCAAAGGUAGUGAAAAGUGGAUCUACGGAGACUCGUGUGGAGAAGAGGAUUGUCAUAACUGCGGACUCUGACAUCGACCAAGACAAGGGGAAAGACGGCGGAGCAUCAGCAUUGUAACUGAAUCACCACCUGCAUUUAUUCCUUUGACUCUCCACCUCAGACACACUCUGACCAGCUCUAUCUGCGCACACAUAUCCAAAAGGAAAUAUCUCAUAAAUCUGCACCUAACUAACUGAGUAGAUAAAUCUUAGUAGAUCCUCUUUGUUUAUUUUUGUUUUUCAGUUGUAGGUAGAGGAGGGCUGCACAAAUACUCAUCCAGGUGUUAAGAAAAGCUUAGUGAAAAGACUUUUAUCGGUAAAGAAAAAUCAACAAAAAAAACAGCAUUUUCAGUUGAGUGAUCUCAGUUACGUUUGCUUUUAAAUGCUUUUAUUUUCCUAGUGGUUUUUACGUUGUUGAUUUUAUACAAAUGCACUGUUUCCAUUGUAGUUUAGACACCAUCAUCAGCAUUUAUUCCCUUGGUGCUGCUCGGGGAACGUUAAGACUACAUUCAAGGGAAUUCUUUUUGUCGUUGUUUACUUGUCUAUUUAAUUCAGGAGAGACGUCUUUUUUAAAAAUGACAUACCUCACAUCGAUAUGUGAACAAAGAUAUUCUGUGCUCAAAUUUGGACAGUUGUUUGGCGUAGUUCACUGCUCAGGUACAAAAAGAAAAACCUAAAAAAUCGUUUCUUCCCUAACCAGCCAGGAACCAGUAGCCUACACAUUGUUGUAAAGUUUGAAUUAAAUAUGGAUCUAUUUUGAAAUAUUUCUCUAUUUUAUAGAAUUGAUGCUUUUAUAGUAUUUGUACAAAAUUUGAGGUUUUUAAGUUAUUCAUCCAUCUGCUCAUUAUAAAUUGUAGGUUGCCAUUGUGCUGUUUACGGAACUUUGAGGUCUCUACUUAAGCUUACCUGUCUUGCCUGACACCCUGAAUCAUUCUUAUUCGUUUCCUCUUGUAGUCCACCAAGUUUAUGACACCUUUCACGAUUUCAAUGGAGUGCUUCCCUCAGCCCUGUUUUUGUUCAGUAGCAUAGAUGUCAUUAAUGCUUUGAAUAUAUUUGGUUGACAAGAAAAGUUUCACACGCUUCGGUCUGUUUAUCUCAGGUUUUGAUAUUCUUUGUAAGACUACAGACCUCCAUAUGAUUGUACGAGGAAUGUCCAUAUAUAUGUAUAUCCAUCCCUACUUUAAAUGUACAUUUAUGUUCAGCCAAGUGAGGUCAAUAAAUGCAAAGCUUGUCUGUCACAGUAACCACACAUGUAAGAGGUGAAGGCAGCUGUCCCAGUAUAUGUGGCUUUUCUCUCAUAGGAGCACAAGUUGUCUUUUUUACAUGUUCUACUAUACAGUAAUUUAUUUGUAAAGUAGGAACCGUCUCGUGUGAUUUGAUGUACUGUGAUGUUUCAACACAAGCUGGUUUCCAGGCUUCCAACUAGAGAUGUCACAAUGUGAAAUAAUUGCAUUAAUUAUCAACCAAGUUUGUAAAGCCUUUUUACCACAUAGUCGAAGUAGAUUGCUCUCACUUGCUGUUUCCUGUGCUUUUUUCCAUAGAAGAGAAAAUGCUUAAAAUAUAUACGAAUCCCUUUUUAGAUAGCAUGUUUGUUAGCAAACUUUUUUAACCCAAAAAAAGCCAUUGGUAUUGUAGCUACAUGGACAACAACAGAAACCUCUCCUGGAAGAAAAAUGUAGAAUUUCACAUGAAGAAAAUAGUUUUUAGAAAAUGGAAAAUAUUGUUGCUUUGUGACUUAUCCCUGUCUUUUUAUGAAAAAAUAAAAUAUGCAUUAUUUUGCA